UGUAUGUGAUAAAAUUAAUAUAACUUUUGUUCUUUUACAGUUGUUAGUGGGCGUGGCCCUACUGAUUGGGGCGUGGUCAGUCAUAGUCUCUGCUGCAGGUCAUGGUCGAGGGUACGGCCUCCAUCUUGGUUCUUCAAAUGACCAAGAAGACGAUCAGGCUGCAGUUUGCAACACCAUUUGCGAGAUUAACGGAAUGACAUUUGAAGGGAACAGUGACUUUAGUUUGAGGAAUGGAUGUAUUGAGUACUCAAAGUGUCGUUGUUUCUGUGACGGCAAUUGGCGUUGUUAUGACGGCGUGGAUCUCUGUAACCCUGACAACAACGCACCCGAUCCUGAUGCGUGCCGGGAGUGUGAAGUCAAAGGAAUCUUUUAUCCGAGUAACAGCGCGUUCGACUACCGGCGAGGUUGUGAGGAAAUGACCGGAUGUUACUGUCGUUGUAACGGUUCAUGGACGUGUCAGACUGCCAGAUACACGUGUCCUGACCGUCAGAGUGGCUCUCGGGGCACCAACUACCGGACGGGUUCAAGGACAGAGUACUCAGUGUCAUCGACGUCUGGGACAAAUACCGGUGAAUCGUCGUCUUCCUCUGGAAGAAAUACUGGAACAUCAUCUUCAACAUCGUAUUCUUACGAGUCAUCUUCCUCAUCAGGACAGCGAACGUCGUCCUCGUCCUCCUCAUCUGGUGGAUCAGGGGGUGUAGGGGUACUAACGGGGUCACGUGACGAAAAUUGUAAUUCAAAAUGUUUAGUGAAUGGCCAGCAAAUUGCGGCUAACUCAUACUUUAAAUAUACAAACAGCUGUAUAGAAUAUCAGUCGUGUUAUUGUAACUGUACUGGAUACUGGCAAUGCUCGGCUGAGACGGGGACCAACAUAUGCUCAGACACAGAUGCACGUGCUGACCUUGGACUGGGUGUAUUGACGGGUCGCCAGAACCAGUAUGGGUGUAUAUCAUGCGAUGUCCACGGAACUUUUUACUCACCUGAUACUUCCUUUACUUAUCGGAACGGUUGCGUGGAAUGGCAAGAGUGUCGUUGCGAGUGUGAUGGAGGAUGGCAGUGCCAGCCAAACCGUGCUAGAUGGAUAUGCGACAAUGUCUGUCGACAGUGCGAGGUAGACGGUCAGUUGUAUGACGGAAAUACGGAAUUCGUGUAUCGGAAGGAGCAAGAGUGUGUUGAAUAUGACCCUUGUACAUGUAAAUGCGACGGUUCCUGGAACUGUCCAUCUGAGAACGGAAAUUGGAUAUGCAGUGACCGCUGUCUGCAGUGUGAUGUCGAUGGGCGAAUUUACGAAGGAGGCACUAACUUUAAACAUCAGGAGGACUGCUGGGAAUGGGACCCGUGUAUCUGCAGCUGUAAUGGAUCGUACCGAUGUCCCAAGGAGAACGCCAAGUGGGUGUGUACCGACCGCUGCCUCACGUGUGACGUAAAGGGACGUGUGUACCAGGGAAAUACCCAAUUCCAAAUGCAGGAAGGUUGUCACCAGUUUAACUGUGAAUGUAAAUGCGAUGGAGCAUGGACAUGUCCUGCCAACAGAACGAUCGAUACGUGCAACCAGAACGCCACAACUGGUUGUUUCUAUUGUAACGUCCAUAAUCAGCGAUACGAAGGGAAUUCGUUUUUCUCUCACACAGACGGCUGUAUACGCUACGAGGACUGCACGUGUCGAUGUGAUGGAUCAUGGGAUUGUCCAGGGGAGAACGCAGUCGAUACAUGCCGACAGAAUACAACGUCGGGCUGCUACUCCUGUGAUGUAUACGGCACUCGUGUAGAGGGCUAUUCCAGAUUCCAGUUGGAAGAAGACUGCUGGCGUUAUGAUUGUGAGUGUGAUUGUGCAGGUGGCUGGCAGUGUUCCAAUUCACGAGUCACGUAUAUGUGUGGAUCUCAACAACAGACGUCAACUGGGUGUCGGGACUGCUUAGUAAGCGGAAACAGGUAUACCUCGCGUAGUGUUUUUCAUCUACAGUGGGGAUGUAUCGAUUACAAUUGUCGGUGUAGUUGUGACGGACACUGGGAGUGUCCUGCUGCUUCUGCCACGGUUACAUGUGCCGACAAUAACUUACAACAGUUUCAGAUUCAAUCUGUCAGCAACAUUCCGGCGUCAUGGUGCAAGAAAUGCAUCAUUAACGGACAUACAUAUCCGGGUAACUCGCAGUUCGAAUAUAGGGAAAGAUGUGUCAAUCACCACGUAAGAUGUUACUGCAAUGGCGGUUACCGAACUUCUACUUCAUUGGACAAUGAGUGUGACGCCGGGUCACGAGAUUCUUCCAUCACUACCAGAACCCGUGACCGAUGUCGACAGUGUAUCAUGAACGGAGAGACGUUUUCUCCACGUGCCAAAUUCAGCAUUGACGUCGGUUGUACUACGUACCGAUGUCGAUGUACCUGCAGCGGUCUUUCUGUAUGCAAAUCCGGUGGAAACCUAGCGUGCGGAACGGCAAUCAUUGCUAGGGGAUCGCUCGGAAGUAGGCCUGGUUCUACUAUGAUUCGCACGGGCGGAGGUCGCACAAGUAGCAGCGGUGGUAGUUCAAGUAGCAGCUCUUCAACGAGGACAACAGGUGUUCAAGGAACUAUUGUCGAUUCUAGGCCUGGGACUACUGUAAUUCGCACUGGCGGAGGUAGCACAAGUAGCAGCGGUGGGAGUUCAAGUAGCAGCACUCCAACGAGGACAGGUGUUCAGGGUACCUUUGUCGAUUCUAGUAGGACAGUGAACAGAGGUGGGAGUGUGAGAGUGACCAGUGGUAGCACGACUAAUACACGCGGUGGCAGUGUAGUGACCACUGGAUCUACGUCAAAUAGGGGCGGAACUGUCAGAGUGACUACCGGAACGACUGGUGGACAAGGGUCUGUCGUCACUAGGGAUCGCACAACGACUAGGGGUGGGAACUCGUACGGGGUAUUUGUGACCCCUGGGCGAAGUACCAGUAGGACCACAACCACAACAACGGUGGUAAGAGGUGGCACUGGUGGCACAGCGGUGGUAACGGGAAAUACAGGUCAAUGUAGCAUAUGCAUUGUCAACAACGUACAAUAUGCUACAAAUUCACAGUUUGAAUACACGCGGGGAUGCAUCCGAUACCACUGCACAUGUGCAUGCAGCGGAGAGGCCACGUGCAAACCAGCAGGGUUUAUCGAUUGUCAAAAUCAGAACACAGGUGUGGGGUGUAGGCGCUGUACAGUUGAGGGGAGACGCUAUCAAGCACUAAGCCAGUUCACAUUCAGGAAGGAAUGUAACUCUUUAUCGUGCUUGUGUGAAUGUAGUGGUCGAGCUGUGUGCAUCCAAACACUUAUUACUAACUGUAACACCGAGAGUACAGCCAUCCCCGACAUUGGUUGCAGUGAAUGCCGUGUGGACGGUCAAAUAUACCCGCCAAAUUCCAUAUUCAACACGCAGAGGGACUGCCUUAGGUACACGUGUCAGUGUGGUUGUAACGGCCUCCACAGAUGUACAGCUCCUGUCAACACAUGUGGCACGUCGCCCAUACAGGAGUGUCGGGAAUGUGUCGUGGCUGGAAGGACUUACACAACAAAUCAGCCGCUCGUUCUUCAGCGCGGAUGUUGGCGUCAGCAAUGUACGUGUGGCUGUAAUGGUCAGCCUGACUGCGAUAGCCAGACAGCUGAGUACACUUGUAACGACGACGACCGCAGCGUCGUAACAGAUGAUACUGGCUGUGUGCCUUGUAGAAUCAAUAAUAAAGACUACCCUCCAAAUAGCAAGUUCACCAAUAGAGAAGGUUGUAAAGCCUUUAAGUGUCAUUGUUUCUGUAACGGAAGUCACUACUGCGUUGGUACUGGCACGAACGCGUGUACUAGCAAUAAUGGUGGUUUUGAAACUGUAGUUAAUGUUGGCCAGGGAAGUACUAGUGUUGUCGGCAGUACGAGCGUGCAUAUUGGCACCAGACCUUCCGGAGCAAUAAACACUGGAGGAGGGUCAACUUCAACACGUACAGUAAUCACAUCAGUAGAAACUUCAAACACUCGCGAUAGGAGGCCAACUCGUAUUGAAACGUCUAGAACGACAACAGAACGACGAGAGGAAAUAUUUCGCCAGGAGGAAAUAGCGCGACAGGAAGAAGCUGCCCGUCUGGAGAGGGAAGAAUCACGGCGACGAGCCCAGGGGGAGGCUGAGCGUCGUAAUCGGGAAGAAAUUGAACGCCAGCAAAGAGAACGAGCAUUAAGGCGAGAAAGGGAAGAAAAUGCACGCAAACAAAUAGAAGAAGACGCCCGUCGAGAAAGGGAGGAAAUAGAACGCCAAAAUCGAGAGGAAGCUGAACGAAUACGUACCCAGGAGAAGGCUGAACGACGUAGAGCCCAGGAGGAAGCGGAAAGACGUCAAGCCCAGGAUGAGGUUGAACGGCGUCGAGUCGAAGGGGAAGCUGAUCGGCGUCGAGCCAUAGAGGAAGAAGAACGAGUACGGGCCGCUCAGGAGGAGGCAGAACGACGUCGACUCGAGGAGGAACCUGAACGGCGUCAAGCCCAAGAAGAAGAAGAACGAGUACGGGCCGCCAAUGAGGAGGCAGAACGACGUCGAGCCGAGGAGGAAGCUGAACGACGUCGAGCCCAAGGGGAGGCUGAUCGUCGUAAUCGUGAAGAAAUUGAACGUCGAGAAAACGAGGAAACUGCCCGCAGGGAAAGGGAAGAAGCAGUUCAUCGAGAGAGGGAAAAUAAAGUUCGCCGUGAAAGGGUAGAUGUAAUCCGUCGUGCUAGAGAGGAAGCAGAAAACCGACAACGUUUGGAAAGAGAAGAAGCUGGGCGUACUCGUGCUCGAGAACGUGAACGAGAACGAAACAAAACGAUCGCUGCUACUGAUCAGACCAACUGCCAAACUUGUACUGUUGACGGAAGUAGCUAUCACGUCAAUGUUGUAUUUUAUGUAGAUCGACGCUGUAAACGUUAUAAGUGUGUGUGCUACUGUAACGGACGCUAUGCCUGCGAGACAGGAAAUCCUAUCAAUAUCUGUGACAGUGACGGAAAUGUUAUAGCCUCUGUCAAAACCUCGACUACUGUAGAAACAACGCGUACAGACAGCGGUACAAGGCAAACAGACAGAACGGGAAAUACAUCAAGUCGGACGAGUGUGACAGACAAUUCAACUGGGAGGAGGACCGGGACAUCCUAUUACGAGACAUAUGCAUCUAUGGAUGGAAGUACAAUCACGGUACGAAAUGGCGAGGAUGGCCGGGAUGGUCGUUGUGCUCCGUGCGUCAUUAACGGUCAGAGUUAUCAAGGCAGGCGAGACUUCCAGCUCGACGACGGAUGUAAACGUUUCCAG